AUGCGGGGGCGGGCGUUGACGGUGCAGGGCGAGCGCGACACGGCGCGGGCGUUUCUGCACGUCGACGACGCCGUGCGGGGGCUCGUGCGGGUUUUAGAGGCGGGGACCCCGGGGGAGGUCUACAACCUCGGCAGCGCGGAGCCCCCGUACGGCGUGCGUGAGGUCGCGCGGCGAGUCCUCGCGGCCGUCGGGAAAGGGGAGCGCGAACCCGGCGAGGACCCCGCAACCCCCGCCAUUGUCGUCGUGGCCGACCGCCCGUGCAAUGAUCAAGUUUACGUCGUGGACUCGGCGAAGCUGCGGGGGCUGGGGUGGCGCCCAGAGGUCAGCUUCGACGACGGCUUUGCGGAUACCGCGCGGUGGUAUGUCGAGGCGCUUCGGACAAAUGUAUGGCCCGAGAUUGAUCGCAUCCUUGACGAGACGGAGCUGCGGCAGAAGGGGGAGGACAUCCUGCACGAUCAAAUCGAUCUACCCGAAGACAAAGAAAAGUUCUGA